UUUGUUGUGCACAGCGAGGGGCGGGAAGACACAUGUAUAAAGAGAUCAUCCCAGGACUGUGAGUCAGGAGACUUCGAAAGCAUCGUACCGAAACUCUCUGGAAACUUUGUGAUUCAGGAUUCAAGCCGUUCUGGACUUUGUCACACAGCUAUCCUUUUCAGCGAAAGAGAAGGGAUUUGUUUUCCGUGUGUUUGCAACACAGCAUCAUUUAACAGGAAAAUCAUGCAGAUACCGCCAGCCCAUCGCUUCUUGGCUGUGUAUCUCACGCUGUUUGGAUACAUUGGGGACGUUUACACUGGGACAGUCCUGGUGAACUCAAAUGCUAUCAAAAACCUGCCCGGUGCUUCAGUUGGCAAAGGCACCAAUACCGUCAGUCCGAGUCCGCGCACCUCUCCCUCUGGUAGCAUGGGACACAAAUUACCCGUGGACACCUUGCAGCAAUCAAGUAUUUGCACGGAUGAUGAAGACUGUGGAGGGGAUGAAUUCUGCAACGACGUCCGAGGCGCCUGUCUGCCAUGCCGUAAGAACCGGAAGCGUUGCGCACGGGACUCUAUGUGUUGCGCUGGAAACCGCUGCAGCAAUGGUGUUUGCCAGGCAAAUGACAUAGAUGGUCCAGAUGCAGCCAUCAUGACUGGAUGGCACAAACACAACAACACCAUGGACCAUCACGCCAAAAAGCCUACCACUGCGCACAGCAAUCAGCCUAAUUCUGCAAAAGGCCAGGAGGGGGAUACUUGCCUGAGAUCUGCAGACUGCUCUGAGAAUUUGUGCUGUGCCAGACAUUUCUGGUCUCGCAUCUGUAAGCCUGUGCUGACAGAGGGUCAAGUGUGUACACGUCACCGCAGGAAAGGCACCCACGGCUUGGAGCUGUUCCAGCGCUGCGACUGUGGCGACAGUCUGGCCUGCCGACCAGAGAAAGGGGAACGAGACCACAAUGUCAGCAGGACUGCAGCCCGGAACCUACACAUCUGUCAGAGGCGCUGACACAAAAGUGUGGACACGCACAGAGACAAAAAUACACACACACACACACACACACACACACACACACACACACACA